GCAAAACUGUGUCUUGGAGUGAAUUUAAUAAUUUUAGUUAUCAGGCCUUUGUAGCUGGUUAAAAUGAGCAGUAUGUUGUUGCUGACGCUGUCAUAAGUCUGCAUGUGUGCUGUUUGUUUACUGACACUGUGGUUUAGUCUGUUCUUAGGUUAGCUUCUCAUUUAGCUAAGCGCUAACUAUGGCUGCAGUCAUUAUGAGUUUUCCAACUGUUCAAGGUCUGAGGAUCUUUACACAAAAACUGUCAUGGUCCAAAAGAGGUGUGAGGCUUGUUUCAGGAGGUGUGGGGAGGAUCGAGAAGGUGCUGAUAGCCAAUCGCGGUGAGAUCGCGUGUCGUGUGAUGCGUACAGCCAAGAAGAUGGGUGUCCGCUCUGUAGCUGUCUACAGCGACGCAGACAGAAACUCCAUGCAUGUGGCCAUGGCAGAUGAAGCCUAUCACAUCGGCCCCGCACCCUCCCAACAGAGUUAUCUUUCUAUUGAGAAAGUUUUAGAAGUUGCCAAGAAGUCCGGCUCACAUGCUGUCCACCCAGGUUAUGGCUUUCUCUCAGAGAACACAGAGUUUGCAGAAGCGUGUAAACAGGAAGGCAUCAUCUUCGUCGGUCCACCUUCCUCUGCCAUCCGAGACAUGGGCAUUAAGAGCACGUCCAAACACAUCAUGUCAGCUGCUGGAGUCCCAGUUAUCGGCGGGUACCACGGAGAGGACCAGUCAAAUGAGAGGCUGCAGGCAGAGGCUGCCCAGAUUGGCUACCCGGUGAUGAUUAAGGCAGUACGCGGAGGAGGGGGGAAGGGAAUGCGAAUUGCGCAGUCGGAUUCAGACUUCUUGGAACAGUUGGAGUCGGCGAGACGGGAGGCCAGGAAGUCCUUCAACGAUGAUGUCAUGCUGCUUGAGAAGUUUGUAGAGGACCCCAGGUACUCACUUGACAUUGUGGAGGUCCAGGUUUUUGGUGAAAUGCAUGGUAAUGCUGUCUAUCUGUAUAGGCGGGACUGCAGUGUCCAAAGGACUCAGAAGAUCAUAGAGGAAGCACCAGGGCCCGGGAUUAGCUCAGAGGUUCAGAGAAAACUUGGAGAAGGCAGCAGUUCGAGCAGCAAAGCUGUGAACUAGGUUGGAGCAGGUACAGUGGAGUUCAUCAUGGAUGCUCAGCACAACUUCUACUUCAUGGAGAUGAACACGAGGCUGCAGGUGGAACAUCCCGUCUCUGAGAUGAUCACUGGGACAGACCUGGUGGAGUGGCAGCUCAGGGUGGCAGCAGGGGAACGCCUGCCACUGCCAGAUGACAUCAUGCUAAAGGGACACUCGUUUGAGGCACGUAUCUACGCUGAGGACCCAAAUAAUGACUUUCUUCCAGGGGCGGGGGCCUGCUUGCAUCUCUCCACCCCUCCAUCAGAUCAAUACACCCGCAUUGAGACUGGAGUCCGAGAAGGAGAUGAAGUAUCAGCUCAUUAUGAUCCAAUGAUCGCCAAGCUGGUGGUGUGCGAGGACCGCUCAGCCGCCUUAAAGAAGCUGCGCUACUGCCUACGACAGUACAACAUCGUGGGUCUGAACACCAACAUCGACUUUCUGCUAAGUCUCUCGGCUCACCCAGAGUUUGAAGCUGGAAACGUGAGCACCAGCUUCAUUCCUCAGCACUACGCCGACCUCUUCCCCGCUCUGAGAGCUCCUUCUGGGGCACAGAUUUGCCAGGCGGCCCUGGGCCUGGUGCUCCGGGAGCGGAAACACACACUGGAGUUCACACAGACCUCCUCCGACUUGUUCUCUCCUUUCGGCUCCAGUAACGGUUGGAGACUGAACAUACAGUUCAACAGAAACUUGACGUUACAGCUUGGAGACAGAAAAGUUGAUGUGGUCAUCAUUUACAAUAAGGAUGGGAGCUACACUGUGCAGAUUGGUGAAGAGCUGCACCAUGUGACAGGAGAGGUGGAGUUUGAGGGCGGAGCUUCAUUUUUGCACUGUUCUGUCAACGGGGUGAAGUCACAUCCAAAGCUGGUGAUCCUGGACAACACGGUGCACCUGUUCUCUACGGAAGGCAGUUCCCAGGUGUCUGUUCCUGUGCCAAAGUAUCUGGCUGGCGUGAGCACAUCUGGAGCUCAGGGUGGAGCUGUGGCCCCCAUGACCGGAACAGUAGAGAAGGUGCUGGUGAAGGCGGGAGACAAAGUGACGGCGGGCGACCCGCUGAUGGUGAUGAUCGCCAUGAAAAUGGAGCACACCAUCCGAGCGCCGAAGUCGGGUGUGAUCAAGAGAGUUUUCUUCAGCGAGGGUUCCCAGGCCAAUCGCCACGCCCCCCUGGUUGAACUGGAAGGGGAAGACGGGUCCAGCCAGUAAACCCACUCGUACACACACGGGAUGUGAACAUGUUGAUGAACGAUGAGACAGGUUA